AUGCCUUCCCCAGUCUUCUCUUCCAGACCCCAUCGUGUCGUUUCUUUGCUUUCUCUCUUCCCCCAUAGCAAGCUUGUCACUCUUUCUUCUUCUUCUUCUUCUUCUUCUUCUUCUUCUUCUUCUUCUUCUUCUUCUUCGUCGUCGUCGUCGUCGUCGUCGUCAUUUCUUGUUAAUUCUCGCUGUUAUUUUUCCUUCUUAUUUUUAUUCUGUUAUAUUUUCUUCUUUAUUUUGUUUCUUGCUUUUUUCUUCGUCUUUUUCUUCUUCGUUUUCGUCUUAUUUCUUCUUCUUCUUCUUCUUCUUCGUCGUCGUCGUCAUUUUCUUAUUAAUUCUUGCUUUUAUUUUUUCCUUAUUUUUUAUCUUCUGUUAUAUUUUCUUCGUCUAUAUUCCGCUGUACUAGUUACUCUUUCAUUUCCUUUCUUCUUCUUCUUCUUCUUCUUCUUCUUCUUCUUCUUCUUCUUCCUCCUCCUCCUCCUCCUCCUCUUCUUCUCGUGUUUUUUUAUUUCCUUCUUCUUCUUCACUUCGUAUGUUGUUUCUCCUUCUCCGUUACAUAUUCAUGUAUUUUAUUUCUUCACUUACCCAUUAUUUCCCUUUUUCUUCUUUUUCACGAAGUCUUUUAUUUAUUUUCUUCUUCUUCAUAAUCUUUUACUCAUUUAUAUUCCUUCUUCAUUUACACUUUUUUUUCUCUUUCUUCUUAGUCUUCUUCCUUCUCCCCCUCUUUCAUUUGCUUAUUCCUUUAUUCAUUUACUUCAUUUUUUCUUAUUCACGUUUUUAUUUCUUCUUCUCUUCCUUCUUCAAAUACGCAUCUAUUUCUCUUCAUCUUCACUUCGUUAUUUAUUUUUUUCCUUUCUUCUUUCUCUUCUUCACGUACCUAUUUAUUUGCUUUUCCUUUUCCUACAAUUUUAUUUCCUCUUCUUCUUCUUUUCCUUCUUGUUAUACUCCUCCCUCCUCCUCUACCUCUUUGUUGUUGUCGUUGUUUUUCACUUACUCUUUUAUUUCUCUCUUUCUUCUUCUUCUUCUUCUUCUUCUUCUUCUUCUUCUUCUUCCUCUUCUUCUUUUUUAUUUGGCUCGCAUCGUUCCCGUUCGUUUUUACUUCCGUCUCUUUCUUCUUGCAUUUCUUCUUUUAUUUUAUUCUUCUGUCUUCACUUGUCCCACUUUGACAUCCAACUUCUUCUUCUUUUUCUUCUUCUUUCUAUUUCGUCUUCGCUUUUUCUAUUCUCUUCUUUAUACCUCUUCCUUAACUUCAUCCUUAGAUCAAGGACAGAAAUAUGGUUGAAAUCACCCGAUCACGAACAGCCAUCGUUACUAACAAUGGAUUCAUAUAUGUGCUAUCUUAUGCAUAAACAAAAAACGUGA